GUUUGUCCCUCGGCUGUCCUCUCUUGCCUUGCCUGGUGCUUGGUGCCUGGCGUCCAGGGACAUUUCCUUUCAUAAAGACCACUGCCAUCCUUGCAUCAGCAUUUUCAUCGCUGUGGGGUAACACUCGAGUGUGUGUGUGCUUGGUUGCUUGCUCACUUCGGGCCUUAUUAUGCAGGGACUCGGGAAGACAGAGAGAGGGGAGCAGGGCCGAGACAUCGACCUGACGUCGCUGAGAUCCACCAUGCCAGCCAGCGGCCCUCUGCAGGGAGGUUCACCCUCUAAUCUGAACAUGAACCUGUAUGCCACGAAGAAGACAGCAGCUGAGGGCAUGUUGGACAUCGCUCUGUUCCUGGCUAACAUCACACACAUGAAGACCGUCAUUGAACAGGGAGCUGGAUACAGGUACUACGCUGCUGUCCUGACGCUCAUCUCUUUCUCCCUGGCUCUCCAGAUAGUGGCUGGAGUCCUGAUCAUCAUCAUUGCUCGUUUUGAGCUGACCCUCCUCCCCUCUUGUCAGCGGUUGUUAAACUUCCUGAACAAUCUGACCACGGGCAUCAUCUUCCUCACCCUCAUCGUCAACAUCAUCAAAGCCGCCUUCGGCACACAACGCAGCUGCUUCCUGCGAUGGCUGCUUCAGCGUUUCAUUCUAUGAAACACCCUCAGCAGACACAUUCACACACUGUACGUACACUCAGAACAUAAACGUGCAUGUUUAUCGUGCAUUGCUGUUUGCCACACUGUCAUUCUUGAUACAACCACCAGAUGGCUCUAGAGCACAGAUGCUGCUAAUCCUCCACACACACAGAGGCAGCUUUAAUCUGUACCCAUUCAUACACAGUUGCUAACCAAAUUGCAUUACUGUAGCGUGACCAGAGGUGUUGAACACCUUUGCACAUAAAUAUACUCACAUUCACACUGGAAGUUUGCUUCAGAAUUCAGAAUUCUGAAUGUGGAAGCAAAUGUCUACUGCUGGCAGCGUCAUCUGUUUGUGUCAAAUUGUCUUUGCAUUGACUUAUAUGUGCCUCAUUAAGACAACUGUGUUAGCUGUUAUUUCACCCACACAAUGGUUUGUCUCACCUUCAGCUCCUUAGGUUCAAAAUUAUUUUUUUCUGACAAAGCUAGAAAUAAGUGAGCAGUAAAAUGUCACUUCAGAAAAGUCUGCAACGAAGUAGCUUACUCUGAUUGGAACAGCUGGGAGUUCUUUGCUCCAGGGCAGUAUUACAGUAAAUUAUACUUAUUGAGUGAGGGUCAAAAUGUCAUAUAAACUAGACAGAGGCUGGAGGGCGCGUGUCUGAACUAUAUUGCUGUUUGUAUGGAUGCAUUACUGUAUGAUUGUAAGGGGUAAUUGUAAGUGUAUGUAGGCCUACAUGUGAAUAUGCAUGCAUCCAAUGAAUGGGUGUGUAUGGGUGGAUGUGUUUGAA